GGUGUGGAGGAGCUUAGGAAAGCAUUGGCUGCAUAUAGCAUAAGAAAUAGAGUCCCUAUCAGAAAGGUGAAGAAUGAUAAAACAAGACUAAAUGCUAUAUGUUCAGAUGGUUGUCCAUGGAUGCUCAAAGCAUCAGCAGACACAAGACAAGGUGGCUUCUGUAUUACAGCAUAUUCAGCAAAACAUGACUGUGAAGGUGUGUGGCCACUCGAAGCUCUCACUGCAAAAAUACUUCAAGAAACAUUCAUGCAUGAGUUCAGAGAUAACCAGAAGCUAGGACUGCAGAGUUUUGCAGCAAAGGUUCAUAGGGAAUUUAAUAUGUGCCCAACCAGGUUUAAGCUAAGCAGAGCAAGGAAAGCAGCACUUCUACAGAUCCAUGGAGAUGAAAUAGGACAGUUCAACCAGCUGUUGGAUUAUGGGCAAGAGCUGAGAAGGAGCAACUCGGGUUCUAAGUUCUUUCUCACCACAAAUUCAGUGAAUGAUCCUGGAAGUGCGGAUCAUAGAGAGCAUUUGGCAACUGUCUAUUGGAGCUACGAUGCUUGCAAAAGGGGGUUCCUAGCUGGAUGCAGGCCACUGAUUUGCUUAGAUGGGUGUCAUAUUAAAACUAGGUACAAAGGAGUUCUGUUGACAGCUGUUGGAAUCGACCCAAACGACUGCAUCUUUCCAGUUGCCUUCGGUUUAGUAGAGGUUGAAUGUACAAGCAGCUGGGAGUGGUUUCUUCAAAACCUGAAAGACGACUUGAAUAUCACAAAUACAUCUCCAUGGACCAUAAUGAGUGAUAAACAAAAGGGUCUCAUAAAUGCUGCCCAAAAGGUAUUCCCAGAUUCUGAACACAGAUUCUGCGUAAGACAUAUGCUCCAAAACUUCAAGUCUGCAGGGCAUAAAGGCGAAACAUUAAAAAAUGACCUGUGGGCCAUUGCCAGGUCAACUUGUGUUCCAAAGUAUGCAAAAAAUAUGGAGAAACUCAAGGUGGACAGUGAGGCUGCUUAUGCAUGGAUUGAGCAGCUUGAUCCAAAAACAUGGAUUAAGGCUUUUUUCUCUGAAUUUCCUAAGUGUGAUAUGUUGUUGAACAACCACUCUGAAGUGUUCAACAGUUACAUUCUCGAUGCUAGGGAAAUGCCUUUCUUGUCAAUGCUUGAAACUAUAUUUUCAAAAAUAAUGGGUACAAUCCAUGUUUACCCACACACUCAGAAUCCUUCACUAGAUCCAACCAGAGAUGUGAAUAGCAUGGUGUACAACAUGGCGCAAGAGGACAUGAAUAAUGUGCCAAUUGUAAGAGUUCUUGGUCCUCUUCCAGAAAAUGCCUUCAUCGUCUCUGCUCGAGAUAGCAUUCCACAAGCAAGACAGAGAGUAACAACUGCUACAACUAGAGGCAAUCUGAUGGGAAGAUGA